AUGGCUAAGAAUAAGAAUAGAAAAGGUAAGAAACAAGGUAACCAACCUGAGAAACCAUCAAAUAAUUCAGGAGACAUUACAAAACCGAAUGUGUCAAUUGUUGAUAUGAAUCCAUCUGAAGAGAGUUCGGAUCAAUUAGAAUCAACUUCAAAAGAACAAACCAGAGAACCUAAGAGUAAUGAAGAUGUAAAGGAUGAUGCAUUAAAAAUCGAUAACCUUAAUAAACCCUCAAUUGUUAACGAUGAUUCUAAUUCAGUAGGUGAUGUUGCAAGUCUUGUGGAGGCAAGAAUGGUUCAUACUGCAAUUAUUGAAAAGGAUAAUCCAUUUUUGGAAGCACAAUCUCAAAUUGAAAAAGAAAAUAAUAUCAAUGAAAAGAAUUCAAAUAGUGAAAAACAUUUAACCAUUACGCAAAAGAGUCAAGAUAUUAAAAAUCCAAAUAAAAUAUAUGAAGAUGCAGAAAAGAAUAAUAAUUAUGAUGAUGAUGAUGAUGAUGAUCUCGUAUUACCAAAAAUCAAACCCCUAAAAUCAGAAAUAACAGAAACUAAUCUUGAAUUACGAAACCCUAAUGAGCAAAUAAGUACUAAACUUAACGAUAACCAUUUGAAUAAUAUAAAUAUCCAAAUAUUGGAAGCUAAUAAAAUAUCAGAAGGACAAGGUAGAGCAUAUGUAGCAUACACUAUUAAAUAUGGAGAUUCUAUUGUAAAAAGAAGAUAUAGUGAUUUUGAAUCGUUGAAAAAUAUUUUAGUACGAUUGUUCCCAACAACAUUAAUCCCACCGAUUCCAAAGAAAGAAAGUAUCAAAACAUAUGGAAAAGUUAUCACAGGAAGUACAAAUGAUUUUAUUUUACCAUCAGAUGAUUUAGGAUCCGUAGAUUUAUCAUUUAGUGUAAUAAAUGGAAAUAUUCCAAAUACAGAUGCAAAAUUAAUACGACAUAGGAUAAGAAUGUUGACUUUAUUUUUAACAAAAGUUUUACAAAAUAAAGAAAUAAAUAAAACAUCUAUAAUAACUGACUUUUUGGAACCAAAUCAUGUAAAUUGGAACGAUUUUGUGGCUAGUUCUCCAACCUUUUCUUCUUUACCAAAAAAUACUUUAAAUUGUAAUCCAUUGGAUCCAACUAAUACAUCAAGAUUAUAUGUUUCCUUACCUAUUCCUUCAUCAUCCCAAAUUAUACCAAAGGAAGUUAGAGGAGUUGCUACUUACCCCAAGAAAUUCAAAGAAAAAUUUGACCUGAUAGAUCAAGAUUAUAAAUUAUAUGAAAAUAUUUUGUCAAAUGGAAUAUAUAAACAUAAUAAAAGGAUCACAAAAACUUUAUAUGAUUUAAAAAAUGAUUUUAAUGAAAUUAAGGAAAUCUCAGCCAUAUUCGUGAAGAGUCCUCAACGAGAUAUUGGAAUCCAAGAGCAAUUGGUACACAUUAGUGAUACUUAUUACGAAACAAGUUUUUUGUUGGAAAAGUUUGUUAGUCGUUUACAUUAUAAUAUUGAUGAACCAUUGAGUGAAUUGGUUGGUAUGGCUGGCUCUGCAAGAGAUUUGAUAAAAUUCAGAAGAUUAAAAUAUAUUCAAAAUGAUAUGAUAAAAAAAUCACUUAAUAGUAAACAGAAACAACUUAACAAAUUAGUAACCGAAAAUAGUAGAUUUAGUCAUAUGGAUAAUGCUAUAGAGGAUGCUAUGGCAAACACUCAAACAGUAUCACUUCAAAGACCAAAUACAGAACCUAACAGCUAUAGUGGUAAAUUGUUCAGUAAGUUUAACAAAUUGGCUUCUAUUGUAAAAGAAAGUGUUACUUAUCAAGAAGUUGAUCCAAAGACAGCUGCCAUAGAGUUGAAGAAAGAAAUUGAAAAGUUGGAGAAAUACCAAAACGUUACUAUUCCUGAUUUGAAAAUAAUUACAGAUAUGAUACAAAAUCAAGAAUUAGCUGAAUUUGAAAAUGAUAGGGCCCAAGAAUUAAAGAAAAUUCUAAAGAGCCACGCAACAUACAUGAGAUCUUUUGCCCAAAAGAAUUUAGAGCUUUGGAAAAAUUUGAAGAAGCAACAAACAGAUUAG